AUGUCUGACAAACACCUCGUCUCUCACGGUCGCGGUGGCGCAGCAAACAUAACGCCCGACACAACCCCCUACACCGACGGCGGCAUCGUCCGCGAAGGCCCCGAAGGCGACCAGGGCGACGGCAAAUACUCCUCUGGCCGUGGCGGCGCGGCCAAUAUCGGCGGAGCGCCUCUCGCGGCCGGUGAUGUCGCGAAGGCGCCACAUGACAGCGACAUGGUGCCGGAGACGGCAAUGAGGCUGGAGCAGGAGGAGAGCCAUCACGUGGGCAGGGGUGGGGCGGGGAAUGAGGCGCAUGUGCAUGCGAAGAAGGAGGGGAAGGAGGGGGGAUUGCUGGGGAAGGUGAAGGGGCUGUUUUCGAGCAAGUAG